UCAGGUCUUGGAAGGCGUCUCCAGAUGAACUCGCUUGUAAUCAUUUUGCAGUGCAAAAACUCAGCAUAUUUUAACGGUAUAAAUCCAUAGUUGAUGAACUUUAGAAGUCGCUGCGUUUCAAUGAUUUAAUUUUGUCUGGAGCUGCGAAUGACUGAAUGGGGAACUGAGUCGCAGAAGGGAAAAAAGGAAAGGAUCUCUUCUAGCAGGCAUCAUCCCCCUCAGUCAGUGACCGCCCACAGUACGAGGGGGGGAGAGAGAAAGUGCUGCUUUGUGAAUGACGGGAGCGACGAAGGACAGAGAGCAAACUUUACCAGUAAUAUUUCAAGCUGCUGACGAUUUAACAUUCAACUGACAACUUUGGACAGUCCAGCAAGUGAUAUCUCACCGACAGGAACCGAGGAAACACGAAGCUUCCUGCUAUUGAGUCAUUUUGAAGAAGCUGCAAAAGAUGUUAGUCAGUUUGACCACUGUUGUCUGUCUCUGCUUGGUGGUGGUAGUCAGUGGUGACCCCUGCCUCAUCAUCAGCGAGAUCAAUGCUGACAACCCAAGACUGGACACCACAGAAUUUGUGGAGUUGUAUCACACUAGUGGAAAGCGGGCCUCGCUGGAUGGCUACACUCUUGUGUUCUAUAAUGGUAAUGGAAAUAUAGCCUACAAGGUGCUUGACCUCAAAAGCCACACUACAGAUGAUAGAGGUUUCUUCCUGGUGGGUUCGGUGGAGAUGCUGCCCAAACCAGCCAUCCUCCUGCCACCUAAUACUGUCCAGAAUGGCCCAGAUGCCAUCGUCCUCUACCACUCAUCUGCUGCUCGCUACAGUGAGAGGAUGAACGUCACUGCGGUCGGGCAGGUGGAUGCAGUCGUCUACAUGACUCGUCGCACUGGAGGUGCAGAGUUCCUGGCUGAAAUCCUGACUCCUGGGGUGCCAGCUUUUGUAGAGGAUGAGGCUGCGCUCGAGGGAGACGAGUCAAUUGAGAGGUGUCUGCUCUCGGAAGAUCAGUGGGGCUUUCAGGUGUCCUCGCCCUCACCGGGACAGCGAAACAACUGCACCCCACCUGCUGCUGCCCCAACCACUCCUUUGAUUACUGAGCUGAAGCUGGGUGGAGGACAGGUGGAUGGGUUUGUGGAGCUGACAGAGGCUCCAGCUGCAGGUCCUCUAGCACUAGUUGUUUUAGAUGGGAAAACAGACAAGGUCAGUGUCAGUGUGGAUGUGGACACCUCCACAAAUGGAUUGAUCUCUGUGACCAUAGACAAGAAAUUCAUGAAAGGAGAUGAGUCUGGUGCUGUGGCUAUUUACAGCGGCAGAGCUACAGACUUCUCAGUGGGAAGUCCACUGAGCCAGAUUCAGCCUCUAGAUGCAUUUGUGUUUGCCGGACCUGGUAAAAAGCCAAGUGCCAACCUUACGGAAACUCUCAUCCCCGGCAGGCAGCCAUACCAGCUUAGUAACAGUCUACGAGAGGGAGGCUUCUAUCUCAGCCGCUGUGGUGUGGCUACUUGGACCAGAGAUCCUGGCAUCUUCUGGGAGGCCCCGCAAACUCCUGGGCAGCCCAACCAAUGCCCCUGGCCAACGAUCUGCCCUCACAGCUUUGUGACUCCAGGCGGUACUGAUUCACCACCUCACCUUCCACCUUGGGGAAAUAGUGACUUUUUGAUCAAUGAGCUGAACACUGAUACACCCGGCGCAGCUGAAGAUGGCGAGUACAUCGAGCUCUGGCACCCAUCAGGUCGCAGAGUGUCUCUGCAGGGAAUCUGGAUUCUGCUGUUUAGUGCACACAACAACAAACCUUACAGGGAGAUCAGCCUGAGUGGACACUUUACCACUGCCAAAGGUUAUUUUCUGCUGGGCAGUGACAGGUUGGUGCCAGCUCCAUCACUUCGCCUGCCUCCCAACACCAUCCAGAAUGGUCCAGAUGCUGUGGCGCUCUAUCGCAGCCCUUUCGGCCCACCUUCAGCUACCCAGAGGGGGAUCCCUACCAAAGGCCUGCUGGAUGCAGUGGUGUACCGACAGAGGGGAUCAGAUAAGGAGGCACAGGAGCUGAGUAAAGCUCUGACUCCAGGACAGCUGCCACUGCUGGAAGAUCCAGGUGUUCUGCCUGGGGAUGAAUCCCUCAGCCGGUGUAGAGGCCUGUACCCCUAUGACCUGUCUGCCUUUUCUGUGGCUCCACCCACUCCUCUGAGGGAAAACAGUUGCCCCCGCCCUCCUCCAGCCCCUGAGGGUGUUGUCAUCAGCGAGGUAGCUAGUGGCUACUGGACCAAUCACAGCCAGCAGAGGGCCUUUGUGGAGCUUUAUGGACCACCGAAGACAGAUUUGCAGGGUUUGGUACUCUCUGUGUUUGACCAGGAGCGCAGUGGGACCGUCAUUGCACUUCCUUUAAAUGGCUUGCUCAACCAUGAUGGGUUUUACAUCGUUGGAAAUGUCACUGGAGCAGAUCAGACUUUCCCAGAAGGCUCCACGGUGCCAGCACGAGGAGCAGUGGUCCUGUGCUAUGAUCUGUUCAGUGUGUGUAGAGCCGGCACUGCUCUGACCAAUUCCAGCCUCAGAGAUGUGCUGGUGUUCAGUGAACACCCGAAGCUCCUUUCUUCACUAUCCACCACUAGGGGAGACAAGUGAUUCCAGCUCUCGGGUCAGUGGAAGCUGGUCCCGUCUCACUCAGCCGGUGUUCAUGCUGUGACAUCAGGAGCCCCUCCUCCUGGACAAGCUCAUCUCCCACACCUUACAGCACCAACCUCUGCCCAAGUUCAGCCUUCUCAAGUCAAAUCGACCUUGCCUCGGACCCCUGUCUAAAGACUGGCAAGAGCAGUCAGGAGACUGCAUACAGUCUAAUUCAUGGAAAAAAAGGUCGCUGAGGUGGCCCGCUACUUGGAGCAGAGGGUGGUCACUGUGGAUCUCUGCGCUGUACCUCCAAGGAGCCAACUUUCAUGCAUGUCUGGGUGGCUGCGAGUGUGGGGAAAUAUCCAGGCGCUGUCAGACUACCAGAAGGCCCUCAUCAUCCAGACAUCACACACAAAUCCUUCUCCUGAUCAGGCAGACGCCUGUUUGUCUCCCACGACCGAUCGCUACACAGGCACAGCUUCAGCCCUGGGGUUACAGAUCGGCUGGUAGUUGCAGUGCUCCUGCUGCUGGGACUUGGAGCUGCUCUGUUCACAUUCUUUCUACAGAAGGAGGCGUCCUUUGGACUACUCCACCAUGGAGCUGAGUGAACAUGCAGAGGGACUUUCUGAUCUAUAAUCCAGGCUUUGAAUCAACAUCUUUCCAUCUGGAAGCUCGUGUGUGCGUGAGUGUGUAUAUAUGGGCAGAUUCAGCUGAGCAAGCAAGAGACGGGGAUAAUCAGAGGUUCGUUUGAUGUGUGUAGGGCAUCGCAGGACAGCUCUGGAACGACUGCCACCGGAAGUGUCCUUCUCUGCAUCUUCAGAAGACCACUAAUUAAAAAAACAAAAGACUUGUAAAUGUUUGUGACAGUGCUAUUUUAUGUCUCCAGUGUCAUGAAAUCUGGCAAAGUAUUGAGGUGCAACCUCUCCCUGUGAACAGUGCUGGUUACUACCUGUUCUGGAAAAGAAGAUAUAAGGGAUUUUCUUGUUUCUUUGUUUUUCUAAAUACUUGAGUCCUUAAUGCUCUUUUUUUUUUUUUUUUUUUUUUUUGCCUGACUUGUUUAUGUUACUCUGGAUAAAGCCUUUAAAUGUGAUUACCUUGAAUAGCUAUGGUUUUGAUUUAUGCAGGAAGCUCAACUUGUUCUGCACUGUUUUAACAUCAGCCUAUAAUCAAGAUGAUAAUUAUUAAGCUUACAUUUAUCCUUAAAAAUGAGUCCUGCAACUUGUUGUUUGUCCAUUUCAGACUGUAGUCAUGCAAAGGGCUUGAUUGUCCCUUAAAUGUGAAUGUCUCUAACUUUGUGUGUGUGUUUCUUUAACCACUUUUGUGUGCUUGCUUAAAGCAAAGUGUUUACAUCAUCCUGAUUUAAAAUGAGAAGAAAAGGGUGUGGGAGACUGAAAUAAUUUCUCAAAUGAGGAGUGCUUGUUUUUAGAGGUGAAAGAUUGCUUUGUAUUCAGAGCUGUUUUAUGUUUCACAUUUUCUGUGCCUUUCACCUGUGUGAUACUUCAUCAGCUGAUCCCCUACUCAUCACAUGGACAGUGCAACCCCAUCUUGUUUUUGUUCCACCUGAGUUACUAUUCCUUGCCUAAUGAACUCUGAGAUCUUUCCCAUUCACAAUGUUGCUCCUUCCCCAAACAAGUAUGCCAAUCAGACUUGACUUUGUGAAAUCAGACCAGUUAAACAGCAGUGCUGCUGCUUUCAUCUAACGUUUUUGUUUGUUUUUAUUGUAAAAGCAGACAAUUUUGGGGAAUGAAGCCUGUUUUUGUGUUUGCAGUAGAAGGCCUUUCCAUUUAAUUUGUUUUUUAAGGAAUGAUUAUGAAAUGUAUUUUAAUGUGUAUAUUUUUAGAUUUAGGGUGAGACUGUGUAAAAAGUUAAAAAAAAGGAAACGUGUAAUGAGGAAAUUUGAACUCAGUGUGACAUGCAAGUGUGUUGACUCUUAAAUGAACUGCAAUUUUUUUUUCUUUCAGAUGAACACAAUAUGAUACUUCUGGGUGGAAGUAUGUCAGUUUUUCUCCUUUUUUAAAUGUACAGAUUCAGAUCACCAUUUAAAAUGGCAAAAAAAAAAAAAGAAACGAAAAGAAAAGAAAACAGGAACUUGCA